GUUGGUAACUAGUUAGCUAGUUAGUUGGUUAGCUAGUUAGUUGUUAGCUAGUUAGUUAGCAUUGGUCCUUCACAACAACCUCAUUCUUUUCCAACAGGUCCAAUAAUACUACCUACUCUACUACCUACUCUACUACCUACUCACUACACUGGCCCAUGUCCAUACCAACUAAAUAAAUAAACCUCACGAAAAGUAACGCCAUCCAUCUCCCGCAUUUUUGGGGGGUCUCUCUCCCCACAUCAAAAUUCCCAUUUCCCAUACCCCAAAAAACCACACCGAUCAUACCCCCAAUCCGACCUUCGGGACUCGUCGUUAUCAUACAUACAUUACAAUUCCUGUCGCUGCCCUUUUCUGCACCACCAGAAUAUUACUGUCUUUCGCACUUUCCCAAUUUCUUCGCACCACAGCACCACUUCUAUUCUGGAUCGCAGUCCCCCUUCCUCAAACUGUCAGAUACCAGAAGCACCUGACUCGACCUGUGCGAUCUGGGCCGCACGACUAAGACCAAUUUUGCCGCCGUAGUGGCAACUGGCAACCCCGACAGCUACGCCACCCCUAUGGUAUCCUACCUACCUGGAACAAUCCCAUAUAACUCCCCGUCCACCGCCCGCACCCCAGACAGGCAUGAGUGAAUACCAGAACCGGUAAUACUCAUAAUUCGGAUCGCAAGCGGAGGGAGUCCGAUCUCGGGAGGAAAAACUUACCACCAUGGAUUCUUCUUCAGAGCCAAUUCCCACCAUGGCGAGCUCCUCUUCGCCUGGCAUUGCAUAUUGGAUCCUUCACUAUGUCCAAUACGCAUACCCAUUGGUGUUGCUCGUGGUCUUCCUGACUGCAUUCGUUGCGCACAGCAUCAUUUCCUCCCCCAGUAACCAGUCUGUCACUUCUCGAUCUACCCUCACGGGCCCAGGAGGCAAGCCACUACCGCCGACCUCGAGACCGCCCAGCAAUGGCCCGCCAGUGCCGACGAACGAUGGGUUUGGCAAGACCCGCAGCUUGCUCUUCUGCUGGCUGUCGGUUGGCCUGAUUGGCACCUUUGUCGGAAACAUUGUCAAUAUCGUGGUGCACGCCGUCUCGGAGCGCAAGGAGGGCUGGUGGUGUGGUGAGGCGCCUGCGGCAUACGUGAUCGGCUCCGCAUUUCUCUACUCGCUCUUUCUUAUUUCGCUGGUCGAUACACAUCCGUCUCCGAGUGUCGUUCAUUUGAUAACAUGGAGUGUUGCGUUGGUCGGGGAGCUUGUUCUCAUUGGGGCCUCAAUCGUGUAUAUCACGUCACCGCACCGCGAAAUAAAUUCUUUGAACCCAGAUACGGCUAUAUUAGAGGUUCCAAAUCAAUGGGAGAUUGUCGAGGUCCUCUGUGAUGCCACUAGGGUACUCUUUCUGGUGCUCUGCGUGGCAUUCUACGCGUUCUUCUCCUAUCAGCAAUCGUCCACGCCCAGUAAAAGAAGGACCUCUCGAGAGCGCGCUGCUGCGAGGGACGAGCGAAUGCCCCUGCUCAAUGGACACACCGUCACCGGUGAUGUUCACGUAGAGAAUGGACACACGGAACACGAGAAUGGAGGGCAUUCGCCAGGGGAGUCAACGUACGGUGCUACUACCAUGAAUGGACAUGCUGCUAUAAACGGCGACGCUGCUAUGAAUGGACAUGGCCAGGGUCCGGCAGGUCCUACUGAUUCGGCGGCAUUUUACAGACCUACGACUGCGCCUUCGAGGAGCUGGUGGGAAUACCUACGUGGAUACUCGCUAUUCUUCCCAUACCUGUGGCCGAACAAGUCAUUGAGGCUCCAGAUCACAGUGGUUGUCUGUUUUGUGCUCGUGCUGCUACAACGACUGGUCAAUGUCCUUGUCCCAAUCCAGAUGGGCAAUGUGACAGACAUGCUGUCCGAAGACGAUCCGGAAGAGGAGGGCAUUCUCCAGAUGCUGAAGGGUGGACCUACAGGCCCGGGAAUGCCGUGGUUGGCCAUUUCUCUCCUCAUCGUGUACAAGGUUUUCCAGGGGACGUCGGGUCUCCUUGCGGCCGGGAGAGCCGUGCUCUGGAUUCCAGUCUCCCAGUACUCUUACCAAGCGCUGUCUACUUCCUCGUUUGAGCACGUCCACGACCUAAGCCUGGACUUUCACCUGGGGAAACGCACUGGAGAGGUCCUGUCGGCUCUCAGCAAGGGUGCUGCGAUCAACACGUUCCUGGAGCAGAUCACUUUCCAAGUUCUGCCGAUGCUCAUCGACUUGGUACUCGCCAUUAUCUACUUUUCCAUCAAAUUCGACAUCUACUACUCUCUCACUCUCAGCGUCGUUACCUUCUGGUACCUCUACGCGACUGUCCGCCUCGCGCAGCUGCGCGCUGAGCAGCGUAGACGGAUGAUCAAUGCGGACAGAGAGGAGGAUGCAGUCAAAAAUGACUCGAUUCAGUCAUAUGAAACCGUGAAAUACUUUGGCGCUGAGGAGUACGAGUCCAACAGGUACAGAAAAGCCGUCCAAAACUUCCAGAACGAGGAAUAUCAAGUCACUCUCUCUUUGAGCGUCAUGAACAUUGUCCAGAACAUGAUCUUCAUGCUCGGAUUACUGGUUGUGUCCUUAAUCGCUGCAUAUCAAGUUACGUCUGGACUUCGACGUGUAGGAGAGUUCGUCUCGCUUAUCACCUACAUGGCCCAGCUACAGCAGCCGUUGAACUUCUUCGGCACGUUCUAUAAGAAUGUUCAGAGUGCCAUGAUCAAUGGAGAACGUCUUUUGGAGCUCUUCAAAGAGCAACCGACCGUUACGGACCACCCUGGUGCACGCGAUCUGAACAAAUGUGAAGGGCGGAUUACCUUUGAGGGUGUCAAAUUCUCCUAUGACCAGCGGAAACCCGCAUUGCAAGACCUUACCUUUGACUGUCUGCCGGGAACGACAACUGCACUGGUCGGUGAAUCGGGUGGUGGGAAAUCGACAAUUUUCCGCCUUCUGUUCCGUUUUUACAACGAGCAGGCUGGUAGAAUUCUACUUGACAACCAUGAUGUCCAGAACUUGACCAUCAAAUCUCUGCGAAGCCAUAUCGGUGUCGUGCCGCAAGAUACAGUACUUUUCAACGAGACAAUCAUGUAUAACUUGAGGUACGCGAACCAAGAUGCUACUGACGAGGACAUCUUCAAUGCCUGCAGAGCGGCCAGUAUCCACGACAAGAUCCUUUCAUUCCCCGAUGCCUACGACACCAAAGUCGGCGAGCGUGGGCUCCGUCUGAGCGGCGGUGAAAAGCAAAGAGUCGCCAUCGCGCGCACCAUCCUGAAGAACCCCCGGAUCAUCAUGCUCGACGAGGCAACAGCGGCACUGGAUUCAGAGACUGAGCAACACAUCCAAGAAGCCCUCAAGCGGCUGUCCGUCGGUCGCACAAUGCUUGUCAUAGCCCACCGCCUCUCCACCAUCACCAGCGCAGACCAGAUCCUGGUCCUACACGAGGGAUCGGUGUACGAGCGCGGGACCCACGACCAGCUCCUCGCCAAGAAGGGGCGCUACUACAAUAUGUGGCGUAAACAGAUUCGCGCGGAGAGAGCAGCUGAAGAAGCGCGCCUCCUGAGCGAUCGCGCGGCGGUACUGAGAGAGCAGGCCUUGGCGAGACCGGGGAGCUGUGAUGGUCUGGGGAGUGAGGAGACUUCGGAUAAUGAUACUGCCCACGAUGGAGCUGAAGCUGAGGCACAGAGACCUCUACUUGGGCCUGGCGAACAUAUUCGUGGCCCAUUCCGGGGAGAGGCGUUCUUGGUUCGGAGAAGUACUCAUGAUGGGAUACCGCCGGGUUCUCCUUGAGUAAAUAUACGUUUAACGAAGUCACGGCAAGCUUUGUCUACCACAGCUGCAUGGCUUUGUUUGUGGGAAUCAAUCGCUCGUUCUCCCAUCGUCCUCACAUCGAUAGCUCACAUGAGCAUAUCCACAACGCCGAGCGGACUCACUCACUCACACCCCCUCGACACACACUUUACCUUCUUUUUUAAUACUUACGUCCUGCAGCGCUUCAUUAACGAAUGUCACGGCAACCAAACAGCUGUUCUUCCCCCUGGAAACCGAGCAUCAGCGAACCCGCAUUAUUCCUCACACCUUAAUUAAACUUCACCCUUUUUAAACCCUGGAUGGGGGUCGCCUUAAUUACUCAAUUCGUCGCUCUCGCCCUAUUCAUUCAACGGCGGCCCUGCUUUUUGCGUUUCCCUUCCCUUGAUUUUUUUUCGCCCUCACCUACCUGUUUGCUUUUUGCUUUUUUCACAAAAAAAAGUUGAAAUCUGCAUCCUCUUUUUUAUUCCUUUUGGGUCCUUUCAGCAUCGAGCGUGUUUGUUUUGCGGCGGCGUGCUCUGCUUUUUUGCUUUCUCACAUUGGCCGAGCAAGUGGCCGGAGGGAUUUGUAUAUGUUGCGUUUCCCAGCCACUACCUCACUCACGGAGCCCCCCCGCCCCCCUUUGCUAUCUGAGCUAUGGGGUGGUUUGCGACCUGCACAUGCCUUUUUUUGUUCUCCUAUUUAAUUGGUUCUUUGCGGAGGUUUAAUUUCUACUUGAGAAGGGUGUCUGGGGGGACCGACUGGCGGGGGGCGGGGAGGGGGUUUUGGGUAGAUAUAUUUGGUAUGAAUGGAACGGGGGUAUGCAGGGGCCGAAGGCGUAGCUUUGUUCUUUCUGCUUUUAGGCAUGUAAAAUAAGGAACGACCUGGAGGUUUUGCGUGGUGGCUUUACCAGAACAGUAGAGGGAGG